CUGGGAGAAGAUCAUAGAAAAGAUCAGCGUUAACUAUGAGCUGUAAUAGAGCUAUAUAUAUACUGAUCUUCCUUUUCGGAAACCUUGCAAAUUGUGGCAACAGUUCAAGUUCAACAAAUAUAUACGAAAAUGCUGAACAACUAAUUUCAAGCUUGAAUAAGGAAUUAUCUAAGCUGAGAGCAGAUUUUAGUGCAUCAAAAACUGAAGAAACAGUUCAUCCUCCAUCAUGCCUGGCGGCUAUGAUCAAUACGAAUGGCAUAUACACUAUAUGGGUGCCGGGCCUGAAGCCUUUUCCAGUGGCUUGUGACACGAGGACAGCGGGCGCCGGCUGGACAGUGAUACAGAGACGCCAGGAUGGCAGCGAGAACUUUUAUCGCAGCUGGUCUGAGUACCAGACAGGUUUUGGCCAACUUGAUGGCGAAUUCUUCAUUGGCCUAGAAAAACUGCACUACAUAACAAAUGCCGAGCCCUACGAGCUAUAUAUACAUCUGGAAGACUUUGAUGGCGAGACGCAUUAUGCGAAAUACGAUAGAUUCGUUGUGGCAAACGAAUCUGAUUCAUAUGCGCUGAGUCAAUUGGGCAGAUUCACUGGCGAUGCUGGAGAUUCGCUGAGAUAUCAUGUGGGCAAACCGUUCUCAACAUUUGAUAACGAUAAGACCGGCCAGAACUGCGCCCUCGCAAAUGUCGGCGCCUGGUGGUAUAAUCACUGUCAACAUAGCAACUUGAAUGGGCAGUAUGUGGUGGGCGGUAACUAUGAGAGGAAGUUAACGGGUCGCGGAAUUUGUUGGAAAACUUGGCGUGGCUAUGAUUAUGGCUAUAAGCACACGCAAAUGAUGAUAAGGCCGAGGUGUAGGAGCAGCUUCAGUCGAAGCUAAUCAGUAUUUAUUAAUUUUCAUUAAACACUGUAUGUAAAAACAACAAACAAACGAUCAAUUUGCCGGUGAAUCAUCGCGUCGAAAAUCUUGAUCAGUUUUAAAGCUUUUUCAGCACUUUUUGUUUGUGGCUUUUUAUCAACA